UGUUGAGGGCAGGGGCGGGGCCUUGCCCCCCUGUGUUGAUCAGGCAUUGGGUGCAGGCUGCCCAGGGAAGGGGGCGUGACUUUAGAGGCUCCCUCGGCAUGCUCUGGGAAGGAGGCGCUGUGGAGCCACUGGGGGAAGCAAGGAGAUGGGCAUGAACCAAGCGCACACGGCCCGGGCGGCAGGUGGCAACCGCGCGGACCAGCGUGGCAGCACCAGGGGGGGCCCUGGAGUUCAGCUUGUGUGCACCCUAGCCGUGGGCACGGGAAGUCAGUCUGAUCACUGCUUCAUAAUGUCCGGUCACCGUGUGCGGUGCUCUGCAUUGGAAGGACUGAUGGACACCCCCCUUCCUACAGGCUGUGUCGAAUCUCCCUUCAGCCAUCCACACCGUGAGAAUUUGCACGUGGACGAAAGCCUGUGUCUCUCAUGGUAAAGGCCUUACCAUGGACAAUCAUGCCCUGUCAGUCACCUCAGGGAGCAGCGGGGGAACCAGGAGCCCCGGCCCAAGUCCUCACUCAGGCAGUCUGCUGGGAAACCCACUGCCUGGGGCCCAGGGGCUUCUUGCUUCUGUAGCUGGGAUGCUCCACUUGGCCCUCCCUGCAUGGAAUAGCGUUGCCAAGAGUCAAGAUCUAUUUCCAGAGAGAUGAUGGGAGCCGGUCUCCUGGAGAAGUGAGCCGGCUUGUUCUGGGAAGGCCAGAAGUCAGUGACUUCUCUCAGCCUCCGUGCCCUCAUUUGUAGAAUGAAGAAAUAGCACCUGCCCCACUUGGAGCAUUCCAGAGGCCUGGAUUUUGAUUCUAUAACUUUCUGUGUUAUUAAUUUUAAUUUUUUAAUUUUCAUUUUAUUUGAAACACAGAGGGGUACAAAGAGAGACAUGGAGAGAUCUUUCAUCUGCCAGCUCACUCUCCAAAUGUUUGCGACAGCCAGGGCUGGGUGGGGCCAAAGCCAGGAGCCUGGAACUCCAUCAGGGUCUCCCGCAUGGAUGGCAGGGACCCGAGUACUUGAGCCAUCAUUUACUGCCUCCCAGUAUGUGCAUUAGCAGGAAGCCGGAUCAGAACUGGAGUAGCGGGGACUGGAGCCAGGCACUCAGGUAUGGGAUGUGGGCGCCCCAAGCGGUGACUUAACUGCUGUACCAUACACCUGCUCCAGUGGCUACUGCUUUAGGACGAGUGCCCGAGGGUAGGCUAGACAUGCUGAAGGCCAAACACAGAGUCUGAAUAUUUAUCAGGUCACCCAACUAGCUAGCACCUGCUGGUGCGGACCGCCAGGUGGGUGAGUUAGGUGAGCAGGAGUCAGCUUCUGCCGUCCGGGAUCUCACACUCAUGAGAUGCAGGGUAGAAGGGAGGGCUGCCCUAGGAGAGGUGCAGAGACUGCUCCCAGAGGGCUGGGGGAGGGCAAGCCCGCCUGAGGCGGGGGCGUGCAGGCCUGAGAGAGCGUUAAGGAAGCAGUGGUCUGAGCAGAGCCCUGCAGCCUGGCUGGGGUUGGGAAGAGAAGCCAACAGGCAGCACACUGUCCUUCCCGGGGCUUGGCACCCUGGAGACGUCCGGGGAGGCACCUCCCUCACUACUGCUGUCUUCCUCGGGCCCUCCGGCCAUCACACAGGGUUUACCAAAGCCCCCUGGGGACAGAAGGAAGGGCAAAGACCUGCAGGAUGGGGGCUUUGUCAUAGCUCUGCUCUGAGAUCCCCAGAGCCAGGCCAGGCAUCAUUUUGAGGCAAGGCACAGAAGUCCACUGUGAUCACAGGUUAAGGAAAAGGGAGGGAGUUGGCUGUUAGGUAUGGACUAGUUCGGGGUUCUCGCCUUUUGUACCCCCAGAAAGUAGAGAUGGAGAAAGGAGACGGAGACCGACCUCAUCAGAGACGGGUGUUUUAUUGGAAGCAAAGAGGUUGGCGACAGUCUGUUCUUGCGAAGAGACUGUGUGCUGGGCGCAUUUAGAACUCAGGUUUUUAUCCAGUUAAGGAGGGAAUUUGCCACUUCUGGGGGAGGGGGGAUGGGAGGGUGGUUGAAGGCUCUUUGAAGUCUCAGGGAACUUUCCCCUUACCUGUUUCAUAGCUGCCCUGCACAGCUUUUCUGCUUUGCCAUUUGCAUUGCAAGGAGUUGAAAAGGGCCUGGUUAGGCACCAAGGAUCUCCACAAAAGGGAGGAAAUGGGGUGGGGGAGGGAGGAGGGAAAGGUGCCACAAGUCCCUUACUGGCACUGUGGCAUAGUGGGCAAAGCUGCCUCCUGCUGCACUGGCCACCCACAUGGGUGCUGGUUUGUGUCCCAGCUGUUCCACUUCCAAUCUAGCUCCCUGCUAACAGUUGGGAAAAGCAGCGGAGGAUGACCCAAGUGUUUGGGUUCCUGCCAUCCAUGUGGGAGACCCGGAUGAGGCUUCUGCUCCUGGCUUCCACCUGGCCCAGCCCUGGUCAUUGCAGCCAUCUGGGGAGUGAACCAGUGGAUGAAAGAUAUCCCCUCCUUUUCUCUCUGAAACUCUGACUUUCAAAAUUAAUUUUAAAAAUCUUAAAAAGAAGCAAAAGGGACCGAGGCAGACGCUGGGGACUGCCAGGUGUCCGAUUACAGGCACGGGAAAGACCUGAGACAGCUCCUUGGGGCACUUUGUCGCCUGCCCCGUGGCGGGCUGGCUUCUUCCUUUUGCACACCGGUUCCUCCUGCUUGCUCCCAGGCUGCCUCUCGCACUCACUCAGAGGCUCGCACGUGGCCCGUCAGUGCCUCCAGGAAGGUGACCUCCGCCCACCAGCUUCCAAGGCCUUCCUACCCCAGUCCCUGCGGCUGUUGGCCAGUGUCAGAGAGUUCGAUUCCAAAUUCGUCAGGGAGAGACUCAGAUGGGGUCAGCUUCGGUGAGCCAUCUGCCGCUGGCCCAAUCAGCUACAGCAGGGCCCGACUCAGGCCCUUAGGCAUCGUAGGGCUGUGCCCUUCCAAGCUGUUUUUCCAAGAAGAGAUGGUGGGGAAGUGAUGAGCCCCUCCAGCAGGAAGAGCUUCCAUCUCCUGCAUAGGCUGUGGGCACCCACACCCGCUCCACAGAGGACAGGCCUGUGGGCCUGCGUCUAUUCCUGCCGCCGUCAGUGGGAUUGCGGUAAACACACCAUGAAUUACUGAGCAAGGGCGACCCUACACAGCCUACCUGCCGCCUUUUCUCUCUAGACCUCAUCAGCCCAUUUAAAAAAAUGCAUUUAUUUAUUUAUUUGUGAGGUAGAGUUAGAGAGAGAGAGAGAGAGAGAGAGAGGUCUUCAUCUGCUGGUUCACUCCCCAAAUGGCCACAACCGGUGGAGCUGGGCUGAUUGGAAGCCAGGAGCCAGGAGCUUCUUCCUGGUCUCCCACAUCGGUGCAGGGGCCCAAGGACCUGGGCCAUCUUCUACUGCUUUCCCAGGCCAUAGCAGAGAGCUGGAUCGGAAGAGGAGCAGCCGGGGCUAGAACCGGUGCUUCAGGCCAGGGCUUUAACUCACUGCGCCACAGCGCCAGCCCCCUCAUCAGGCCAUUUUAAAAGAAAGUUUUGUGGCUCAGUUAGAAGAAGGAAUGAUGGAGGCAGCUCCCUUCACUCCCUCACUCCCUCCACUCCCUCCACUCCCCAGACCAAGUCCUCAGCUGUCAUCACGGGCUCUCCCAGAUCUCUAGGUUCUGAGCACCCCAAUUGAGACACAGCCAGCUGUAGAAACAUUGAAUGGGGUAGGGUCGGGGGAGGACAGGACAGUGAAGACAAAGCAGCAAGUUCAGAUAGUGGGGGGAGAGUUGACAAUGGCCAGGCAGUUGCAUGUCUUGGCCAAUAGGGGUCGCCGUCAACCCCCUGCAGCUUGGUUUGGCAGGUGGAAGAGGCCAGCCGCAGCCUGUGAGAGGGUCUGAGAGACCGGGCACUGGCUCGUCCCCUUCUGCUAAGCACGGCUCUAAGCGCGUCGCGAGGAACCCGAUGAGGCAGGUACUGUUUCAUCACCCCAUUUUACAGAAGGGACCAUUGAGUCCAGCCAACUGCUCUUCCACUGGGGUCUAGAGCCCCACCUAGAAUGCCUGUCUAUAGCAGCAGCCCGCUGGUUCCUUCCGCCUCCGAGCGUGCGGCAGUAUUCUUCCAACCUUUAUGUUUAAGCUCAGCGGCUUCCUUUCAUUCGUUUAUUCACUCUGGCGCUCCACCAGGAGCCCAGGAGCAUUGCUGUGUGCUGAGACUGGGGGGACAAAGCGUCCAAGGAGCCUGCCCCAGGAGCUUACGGCUCAGCUGGGAGCUGCAAAUGCGUGGACGCCCAGCUGCCCGCGGUGAAGGGAGAAGCAGGAGCCAGGGCCAAGAUUGGUCCAGGCAGCUGGGCUGUGCCGGAAAUAGCAGGGCUAUUUGGAAAUGGAGCUCGGGCCGGACUUGCCAGGUCAGGUGGCUGUGGGUGGCGUUUCCCCUGUAGGGGUCGGUGCCUCCCUGGGGAAAUUCUCGGGGCUGGAGUCACCCCACGCUCCCACGCUGAGGCCCCGGUGCGCUGGUGCGCAGCUGCAGGCUGUUCCGGCUCCUCCCGUCCCCCCACCCCACCCCGACAUCCAGAGUGGUGAGCGCUGCCCGCCGAGGCCCUGCCCGCACUCCCCCUGCCCGGAUUCCUCAGCAGUCAGGCCCGCUCCUGGGACCUGUCCGGCAAGGCUUGGAAGCCCGGUCCCUGCGGACCUGCUAGUUAAUGAGUUCUGCAAAAACUAGGUCUGUGCGUAAUCGAAGUGGGAGUGCAGGGUGCACGCGGGCCCUGCAUGAAUUCAGUCCAGUGGGCAGAGGAGCCGGGUGGGCUCCGCGCGCUGCUGCAGGACCCGCGGAGCGCUCUGGGCGCAUCCAUUUGCAGGCCCGUUGCUUCUCAGGCCCUCGGCCCCAUGUGGCAGCCCGUCUCCAGUCUGCCCUUCCUGUCUCCUGCUGCCACGCGGAGGCGCUGGGUAUCUGUGCCCUCUGCCCACCCCCACCGAGCUGCCUGAUGGUCGCAGGCAGCAUUGAAUGACUGCUCCGGACUACAGCGGGCCUAUUGCUUUACUCCCUUCCUACUCUUGGCCAUUUUCCUGCCAGACGGGGACAAGUGGGUAGAGAGUAAAUGAAGCUGGAAUUACAGCAGCGAGCACACAGGUCUGGGUGCAGUGGGGACAUUCCACGUGGCUGGAGAAUGAGUCCAGAUCCCUACAGGCGUGUCCCCUGCGGUCCUGUGGGCCACCAGCCCCAGCACCCCAGGCCUGGCCACCUGCCAGUGUGCGGGGAAUGAGACCAGGCCCUGCCUCCUUGCCACUGGGGUGGUCUGAGCAUAGGGAAUGAAGGCAGGGGGACAUUCGGGGAGGGGUCUCUCAGAGUACCAGCCCUUGAGGAGCACAGGCAAUGCCAGCCUCUGGCUGCCUUGAUCCGAGACGUCAGACCCCAGUAGGAAAGCAUGUGGCCUUGCUAUGGUUCUCUCCUCUUUGUACUCAAAUGCCACCUCUGCUGGGAAGCCUUCCGUGAUGACUCCAGAGUUGGUUACUUGUGCUUCCCGGAACUCUGUGUCCACACUGAGCGUGCUGUUGGCCCUUGAUGCCCGGCUGCCUCACGAGCCUGUUGCUACUCCUGACUGGAGACUUCCGGUGAAGAGGAGGGCUUGGCAUGUGCAUGUUUAGGGGUGGUCCUGCUCCUCCCCUGGCUGGAGGUGUAACUGUGUAACUCUUACACUGAGCUCCAGCCGCUGCCAGGCAUCUGUGCCUGUGGUGAGGAGUAGAUGAGAUGCCCCCUCCCUUCUCGCCACCUCCUUUACAUCACCUGCUAUUUAGGGCACCUGGGUUCUGGGGUCAGACGGACCUGGAUUUGAACUUGGCUCCAUCUCUUACGACCUCUCUGUGCCUCGGUUUCCUCAUCUGUAAAGUGACAAUGAGCAGCCCUAGCUUGGGUUUUGUGUGCCGUUCGGUCAGGAGAACACAGUGGGGUGGUGUGUGGAGUGCUUAGCACAGGCCUGGCACAAACAGCCAGCAGGCCGGCGACCGCCGCAGCUCGGGUCGUUGUGAGCUGUGCGAGUUGGGAGGGGCAGAAGUCUCAGGUGCCCUGGUGCCCAGUGGCCAGCGAGGGCUGAGUACAGAAAGCAAAGGGAGAUGUUGCAUUGUAACCCGGGGAGCGUGUGACAAAUGGAUUGCUGUCUUGUCACCCUCUGUCAUCAAGAGUGCUGAGGACAGGAUGCAGAGCCUGGCCAGAGAAUGUGGGUCUGGGAAGGCGCCCAGGGGUCCCUGCCCUCCGGAGCUGUCACCGCCCUCCUCGCCUCCCCGCUCUCCCAGCCUCUGGCAGAGGCAGGUGAGCUGGAGGUGACAGACGCGCAGCCACUGAUAGCCAGAAACUUAACCCAGACGGAAAGAAAAUCCAUGGCUGCCAGCUCCCACGGACGCUGGAGCAAUUGCUAGAGAGUCAAGGUCGAUGGCCAGGCAGACGGGGAGAACCAAGGGAAGGGCUGGUGCUGGCUGAGGGUGGUGGCUUCCCGAGCUCUGGGCCGGGGUGCGGCCGCAGAAAUGGGCAAAGCUGUGAACACCUCGGCCUGCCUUGCUGGCCCAGGGUCCCGUCCAUGUGUGCGGCUCCCUGAGAUGUGGAGAUGCACCCAGCUGACCUUUACUGCGUGUUAUGCGCUCCGCUCUCCGUGGGCCAGCCUGUGCGCUGCUCAGCCCUACCCACUUUCCUCAGAUGAACCAGGGACGGCCGUGGGCCCUGGGUACCGGUCAGGACCCGAGGUAAUGAGCUCCUCUCUCCGUGUCUCCGUGGCCCACGUGGCCUCGAUCACUUUGCGUGAGCCUCCUGGAUCAGCCAAAGGCACUGUCAUUGUCGGCCUGGGGUCCAGACAAACAGAACAACCGUUACGUGAACACUGCUGGUCGCAGGAACAGAGGGAGAGACCGAGAGGGACGGGACCCUGCCCAGACUUGGGCUUCCUCCGAGCUGCUGCUCACGUCCCGCUGGGCGAAGCAAGUCGCGUGCCUGCAUCUAACUCCCCGUGCGGCACAGGACAAGGCGGCUGCGUUUCGGGGAGGUUGCGUGAAUUCGUGUCCCUUAAGCACUUAGAACAGCACCUUGUGCCCAGUGAGCCCCGCGCAGUGUUAGCUGGGACCCCGCUGCUGUCUCUGUUGUUUGCUGUUAAGGACGGGGACCCCAAGGCUCAGGAAGGUGCAGUGACUUGCUCAAAGCCAGGGCCCGGGCUGGGGAAGCCCAGACAGAAACCCGUGACAGCCGGUGGCCUCUUGGUGCUGUCCUCAGGGCCCGAGUCCCGGCUGUUCAAGGAACAGGGCCAACUCAGGAACGGACAAGCCCCACUCUCUACUCCCAGAGAGGAGCCAGGUGUGUGUGUGCCUGUGUGUGUCUGUAUCUGUGUGUGUGUGUCUCUGUGUAUCUAUGUGUGUGUUUGUGUGUGCUUACAUGUGUCUGCAUGUGUGUUUCUGUGUGUCUCUGCGAUUGUGUGUAUCUGUGUGUGUCUGCAUCUCUGUGUGUAUGUAUCUGUGUGUCUGUGUGUGCGUAUCUGUGUGUAUGUGUCUGUGUGUCUCUGUGUGUCUUUGUGUGUAUGUAUCUGUAUGUCUGUGUGUGUAUCUGUGUGUCUCUCUGUGUGUGCUUGCACACACCUGUGUGUCUGUGUGUAUGUGUCUGUGUGUGUAUAUUUCUGUGUGUGUCUCUGUGGUUGUGUGUAUAUCUGUGUGUGUCUGUGUGUCUACAUAUCUCUGGGUCUAUGUGUAUGUAUCUCUGUGUGUGUGUCUCUGUGUGUUUGCAUGCAUCUGUGUUUGUGUGUGUGUGCACGUGUGACCAACAGACAUGGAACAGAGAGAGACAGGCAUGGAGCAGACAGGCCCCUCGGGAGCCAGCUCAGCAGACUGGUGGAGGCAGGGUACGGGGGGACCCCUGCAGACCCCUGCAGAAGCGGCUGUGGCUCCUGCUCCCGGGACUCAGGCAGGCCUGGUGGGGGAGGUGGUGUCUGCUGGACUCCCCAGCCUGGAGUCGGAGACGGGGGAGGAGAGUGAGAGCGUCUGCUGAGGGUGUCUGGGGCAAGAGCGAGGCCGCGGUCUGUUCUGACCAGAGCGCACUGCCACGAAGGGGCACACACGGCAACUGCCGGCCACUCCCGCACUGCUGGCAGCAAGGACCAGAGGCUUAUCAUGGCAUUCCGGCAGAUGGCAGCAAACGCCAGGACCCAGUGCUGGGCUGGGGAUUCCCUCGGUCCCCGCUGCUGGCUGGGCGCACUGUGUCCCUCUGUGGAGGUGUCCCCUCCAGAUGUUGCUCCCGGGACUUCCACAAGUCCCUUCACUGAGGUCCCCAGGUAAAGGCUUCCUGCAUGCCAGGUGUGCCCCAUCUGAGCCAGGGUCACACGGUCCCAGGCGGUCAUGGCUCAGCUCUCUCCGUCACCCCGAGUGAGCCAUCUGUCUCCAGGCUGAACCCCAACGAUGCAGAGUGCUUCCUCCAAGAGGCUACUCUGGCCCACAGCAGCUCAGAAAACCCCCCGACGCUGCUGCACAGCCCUCAGGGGAGUUACCCUGAGCAGGAGGGCCCAGGAGCGGCCCGGACGCCGUCAGUCCUGGGGAGGCAGGAGCCAGGUGAGGGGAGUAGUGCAGGCAGCAGGGUGGCACCUCUGGCCUUCUUGUGGCAGCUCCCAGGAUCUCCGUGAAUGCUGUGCUGGGAUUGGGUGGGCUCUAUGAGCCUGGGGAGGAGCGCGAGGACCCUGGGUGUCAAGUGACAGCGACCAGCGGGCGCGCUGGCUCCUCAUGGCUGCCCCCUGCAGUGUAAGGGUGUUGCCUCGACUUUCCCAUUAGUCUGUGCGCUCUUGGCCAAGGCUUAGCCCCUCGAGUCUCUGUCUGUGUGGGCACAGCCACGUGGGAAGACACAGGAAGUAGCUGGGGAGGUCCCUGAGCUGAGCCGGGCUGGGUGGUCUCGACCUGGAGACCGCCUUUCGGGCGGGACCCCUGGCUUCCCCUGCAAGGCACGCCCGCCAGUAGCAGAGAAAAGUCUGACUUACAAGGAUUUUAGAAAACACCAUUUUACUCUUUUUUAUUUUUUUCCAAAACGUAAGCGAGUAAUCGAGAACAUUCCUCCCGAGUCCAGCGCUAUUUCCUCUCCAGUUGGCUGCCCCGCAAGGCAAAUCCCAAGCCUGCUUUAAUGAAUAUAGAAAACUCACUUGUCAUUAGUUGGACAAAAGCUAAUGGAGUGGAGUCCUUGAGGACAGUGGGUCUCUUGAGCAAAUUAAACACUCCCCUUGCAAUCUCUACUGCAAUGUUCAAUUGUUUACCAAAGUCUGCCUUCCCAGGUAGCAUUAAGGUGAAAUUUCCCAAGUUCUGGCCAUUAGAUCAGGAGAUUUUAUUGAGCGGUUUUGUUUUGAAGAGAAAAAAGGCAUAUCGGGUAGGGUUUGCAGAGGGGCCCAUAAAUAUAUUUCACCUCUGGUGUCACUCUGGCCUCCGCUCGUGGCAGACAUCGCUAAUCAAUCAUGCGCUCCCGCCUAUUAACUCCAAACAAACCACCUGCAAAGCAGGGCACAGGGUAUGUGGGUCUCUGUGCGGGGCAGAGGGAUGAGCCCUGGGCAGGGCGUCAGAGAGCUCCGCCCGUCAUGCCCUGUGACUUUCCUCUCUCUGAGUCCAGCUCCCACUUUGCUCCACUGGGCCACCAUCGCUUACCGGCUGCCUGAGGCUGUGGCAAGCACAGAGCUUUCCAGAGCUGCGGGCACGGCUGCACCUGCUGCCCCGUCAGGGCUGUCCUGGUGGCAUAGCCCAUCUUCUGCUUUUUUUUUUUUUUUUUUUUUGACAGGCAGAGUGGAUAGUGAGAGAGAGAGAAAGGUCUUCCUUUGCCGUUGGUUCACCCCCCAAUGGCUGCUGCGGCUGGCGUACUGCGAUGAUCAGAAGCCAGGAGCCAGGUGCUUCUCCUGAUCUCCCAUGAGGGUGCAGGGCCGAAGGACCUGGGCCAUCCUCCACUGCACUCCCAGGCCACAGCAGAGAGCUGGCCUGGAAGAGGAGCAACCGGGACAGAAUCCGGUGCCCCAACCGGGACCAGAACCCGGGGUGCCGGUGCCAUAGGCGGAGGAUUAGCCUAUUGAGCCGCGGCACCAGCCCUUCUGCUGUUCUACAGAAUACUUGAGACUGGGUCGUUUAUAAAUGAGAACAGUUUAUUUGGGCUUGUGGUUCUGGAGGCGGGGAAAGCCAAGAACCCGCCAUGGCUCCUGGGAAGGGUGAGCAGGUGUGCUUGGAAGAGACAGAACCAGAGGGGGGCCUUGCUUUAUAGCAACCCCUGUCCCUGCAGCUCAUUGAACCCCAUGACAGCAGGGAAGAUGUCAGUCCCCUCUUCACCAUUAAAGUCCCCAGACCACCCCAAUGGCCAUGGGAUUUCAUGCUGUUUUGCAGGGGCUAGACCACGAGAAGUGGGUGCACCUGGACGCAGCCAUGUGGUACGUACUGUGAGGAGGAGAGCUAGCUCCUCACGACAGUUGUUGAUGUCCAGGUCCCGUGCGACCACGUGCCAGCCUGUGGGUGAGGGAUGCGACUUGGGAGGAUGUCUUGGGCUUAGCAUUCCCAGGGCAGGGUCAAAAGCAAGGAUGGAGAAAGAUGGAGCAUGAACACUUGACAGGCAGAGUAGACAGUGAGAGAGAGAGAGAGAAAGGUCUUCCUUUGCCAUUGGUUCACCCUCCAAUGGCUGCUGUGGCCAGCGCACUGCGCUGAUCUGAAGCCAGGAGCCAGGUGCUUCUCCUGGUCUCCCAUGCAGGUACAGGGCCCAAGCACUUGGGCCAUCCUCCACUGCACUCCCGGGCCACAGCAGAGAGCUGGCUGGAAGAGGGGCAACCGGGACAGAAUCCGGCGCCCCGACCGGGACUAGAACCCGGUGUGCCGGCGCCGUAGGCGGAGGAUUAGCCUAUUGAGCUGCGGCGCCAGCCUGCUGUUUUUGCUGUGAACUGGAGCGAGAACCUGCAGAAGGGAGCCUUGUCUUGGGUGGCAGAGAUUCUCCAGUCAGCAGUGGUCUCUGCAGGAGCCUGAGUGGGAGACGGCCAGCAAACUCGGAUGACCUCGCACGGGCUUGUGUUGUGAGGAGCCUUACGAACAGCAUGAGUUUGGAAGCGGACUCACCGUUGACUGCCUCUGUGUCCUUGGGCAAGCCAUUGCGCUGCUCCGGGUCUCAGCUUCCCCGUCUGGGGAGCAGGUGCAACAUCCCCUUCAGAGGGUUCUUGCGGGCACUGAGUGAGGUCACACAUGUAAAAAUGCAAGGCACACAGCAAGCAAGGAGCGUCAGCCACCUGCUGGGUAUCCGGCCCAAUUAUGCCUCCACAAACGUUUACAGAAUGGAAUUCAGUGCAAAUACCCCGAAGAGGAGCUUUCCAAGUGCCGGAAACAUUUUUAUAUUUGUGCAGGGAGAAAACAAAUAUUAUUUGUCCUAAAACAGUGAGGAGCAUGUUAAAGGCUCAGAAUGAGGGCGUUGAAAAUUGAAUAACUUCACUUGCAGACAUUGCAUCAAUUUCAUUCAAUUUGUAAGCCCUCGUCUCUGAGUUCAGGAGGAAAAAUGAAUUCAUCUCAAUCAAUCAGCCUGUUCCUGGGUGGUUUGGGGGAAGCCACCCUCUCUCAAAGGCCCCAGAGGCCCAGCCUCGCCUGGAGCAGAGCCUCUGGAACUUGGCUGUUUUUGCUGUGAGCUGGAGAGAGAACCUGCAUUGUCCUUGUCCAUGUUAUUUCUCUGUACUCCCAAGUCGUGCCCUGCAAGGGAUGGCUUUGGGUGGGUGUCUCAGCCUCACGUCUGGGGGCCUUCAGUGAGGGCCAAUGAGGACAUGCCCUGGCUGCUACCAUGGCCACGGCUCAAUGCCAUGGGGUAACACCCAAGUAUAGGCUGAAGGAAAUUCUAGGUGGUAACCACCAUCUCCUUGAGCUCUCCUUAUCUCUGCUUUACCAUACUUAAUCCAAGUCGCCCCUGGCCACGGUCAAGUACAGAAACAUUGUGUCUCUGGACCGACAUCUGUGUGGAGGAACUGUGGCACCAAGCCCCCAGUACCCACCUUGUCAUUCUUCUCUGUCCCGUAAGUAAAAGGGGUGAAACCAGAAACAGAGAGAUGAACAAGAGGCCCUGAACACAGACGCCACUGAGCAGGGCCGUCCUCUGCUGUGUGUUUAUCCUCUCUCCCCUUCUCGAACAGGUUGGGUCUCCUGGGUUUCACUGGGAUUUUAUUCUUUUUCUCUCUUUUUAAUGAUUUGUUAAUUAAUUUAUUUGAAAGUUAGAGCAACUGAGAUAAAGGGAGACACACACACAGAAAGAGAGAGAGAGAGAGAAAGAAAGAAAGAGAGAAAGAGAAAAAGAGAAAGAGAGCGAGCUUCCACCUGCUGGUUCACUCCCCAGAUGGCCACAACCACGAGAGCUAUCCGGGCCAAAGCCAGGAGCCUGGAACUCCAUCCUUGUCUCCCACCUGGGUGGUGGGGGCCCGAGUACCCAGGCCAUCUUGCGCUGCCUUCCCAGGCUCAUUAGCCAGGAGCUGGAUUGGAAGUGGGGCAGCCGGGAUUUCAACUGGAAUGCUGAUGUGUCCCAGGUGCAGCUGAACCUGCUGAGCCAAAAUGCUGACCCCAACUGGGAUUCCUGAGCUUCUAACUUUCCACUGGGACCUGUGUUUCUAGAAAUUCAGUGUUCAGGUACAAGAGUUACUGUAGAAGAGCCACCAGCCCCAGCGCCAGGCCACUGACUGCUGUAUAGCCAUGGGCAGGUAAGAACAUUUGAAUGAGGCCAAGACAGGCCGGAAGCACAAGGCUUGGCUGGGGCGGGAGAGACGGGCGUUCCCAGGGGGCCGAUGUGUGUGUUUGUCCUGCCCUGGCUCCUUGAUGAAAGGGGAAGGAGGAAGAAGGCCUGGACAGAGACUGCAGGCGGGGAAGACAGCCGCCCCUCCCCCCGCGGAACAAGCUCUGAUUGUGUUAAAUGUUGACGAUUCUCCUGCCACAGCCCUCAGGGACAGAUUCUGGCAAAGAUGAUGGAUAGGCCCUGGAGUGGGAAAGCAGAUGAUGUUUGAAAGUGCAGCGCUGGGGGCGAGCCAGGCUGGGCUCAUCCUGUUUGUUUUUGUUUGUUGCAGCUGCAUUACGUUUAAGGGAGGUGGAGGGGAGGUUGCAAAAUGAGCUUUUUUUUUUUUUUCUUCUUUUUUUUGUCUGCUGUGAAUGCUCAGGCUUUGGGGAAGUUGGUGUUUAGCAUCCUGUGCUGCGGUGUCAGAAGCCCCCACUCUGCAUCAGGCCUGGUGGGGUCUCUGGGGACACAGAAAGAAAUCAGAUGUGGUCCCUGCCCUGAGCGCCUCAGUGUGGGGGCGGGGAGACAACGUGCACAGACGAGGGGCCGCAGAGUGACUCAGGCUGUGAUGGGGCAGGCGCUGGGGGGCUGGGUAAGGGAGGGAGGGAACCACGG